AUGAAGGCCAUCCUUAUUGACCGUUUCGUUACAGAUCUCGCAAGCAUUCGCGCUCAAGACGCGCCUUCUCCAGAACCCAAGUCAUCUAAAGCUAUCCAUGUGAAAAUCACCCACGCAGCAAUCACCCACGUCGAUCUCCUGUACGCUCAGGGCCUGCACCAGAACAACAAGCGGCACGUCCAGCCCCCUUUCAUCCUAGGCACAGAAUUCUCCGGCAUCGUCACAGCAGCGCCAAGCACCUCGUCUUUAAAGCCCGGCACGCGCGUUUUUGGCGGCGGGCUGGGGUCGUUCGCGCAGGAGAUCUGCGUUGAUGAGGCGAGCGUGCGGCGCGUGCCAGACCAGUGGAGCAAUGCAGAGGCGUGUGCGGUGGGUGCGAGUGGCGCGGUGAGUUAUGGUGCGCUGGUAGGCGUGGCACAGGUCAAAGCUGGUGAGACGGUGCUAGUGCUGGGCGCGAGCGGGGGGUUGGGCGUGAUGGCGGUGCAGAUUGCAAAAGCGCUUGGGGCGAGGGUGGUGGCUGUUGUUGGGAAUGCGGAGAAGGCAGAGAUGAUCAGGGGGAUUGGGGCGGAUGGGGUUGUGGAUUAUCACGAUGAGAAAUGGGAAGAUAAGGUCAAGGCGCUGACGCCGGGUAAGCAGGGCGUUGAAGUGGUGUACGAUGGGAUUGGUGCUGUGGAGAGUGGGUUGAAGUGUUUGAAGUACAGAGGGAGACUUGUUAUUGUGGGGUUUGCGGCAAGAGGAGGAAAGAUGGAGAAUGUUAGAGCGAAUCGCAUAUUGUUGAAGAGUGCUAUGGUGCACGGCUAUCGUUUUGGUGAAGAUGGAAGAAAUGACCCUCAGAGGACACAGGAUGUUUGGAAUGGCUUCAUGAGUCUCGUGGACAGUGGGAAGAUCAAGCCAGUGAUUUACAAAGAGGAGUACAAAGGCCUAGAAGCGGUAUCGAAAGCGUUGGAGGACGCAAAGAACCACAAAGCAUGGGGACGGGCGGUUCUGACGAUCGACGGCAAUGCAGAGAAAGAGCUUAGCCAACGACAAGCAAAGUUGUGACACGGGACAAAUAAAGUUUGCGUUCUACAGACCUCGGCUUGGCAUGUGUUGGGAAUUCACUUUCUAUACGAGCGAUAAGACAACCCUUGACGAUGGUGUCAUUGUUAGAUUGGACUGCCUUUGGGAUUCGUGACCGCUCCGAUGGGUUGAUGACAGGUACCACCUACGGCUCCAAUCAUUAUAGAGGGUACGAAGAACCGAUUGUCAUCCACCAGAGCCCAGCCAUCUCAAUUCAAUGACUCGAGACAUCACCUCCGAUCGGCAGACCACAACAGAUAUUGCACUGCAACUCC